CGUGACUGACGAUCCUUUCUCCGGCUCAUGAAUGCAGCAAACAUUUCGCACUCAAGCUGCCAUUUGAGGGCAAUGAGGGAAGCUGGAGAUGUCGCGUGAGGAUCCUACGCGCCUACUCACCAGCAUCCAGCAUCGAUCGCCCCUGCCAUUGUGUGCACUAACAUUUACCAGUGCGCAUACACUGCCAUCCCCAGGCUUCACUGCCAUUAACAAACUUCCACCACAAUUGAGCUCACUUCAUCGCCCAUCAGUGACAUGUCAGAAAGCGCGCACGGCAGCUAAACCAAAUAAACGCAGAAACCCGGCUGUAGCAGCAUACCUUGGCCUAGGAGAUGUGACAGGCUCGGCUCAUCUGGUGAAGCAGUUCUCAAUACCGGCAAGUGAAUCCCCGCCACCACGGCCGACACGGAAGCGUCGAGUGGCGCGGAAUGGCGAUAAAACGUCGUCAACAAAGGAGGCCAAAACACACACGAAUGUGCCAGCCCAAACGCGAGUACUCGAAAGUACAUCUAUGAUCAAGACCCUUCCCGAACCGUUCAUUAGCAAGUUAGACGAGUCUGCUGAAGCAUCGUUGCUCCCGCCUACUCCAACCUCCUUAACGACCGAAAGUCCCUUUAGUCGUCAGGAACAGCUUCCACGCAACAUCACCAUGCAAACCAGCACUGCGCCACGGCUACAGCCACCUCACAUUCAUGCCGUUAUCUCACCUGAAGACGACGAUGAUGACGACUUUGGUCAACUUUGCUUUGACUUCGAGCCGAACGUCGAGAUUGCUAAUAAACUAGCAUGCCCACUACAAUCGCCAGAGCUUACGCAGCAUGGUGUUGCGGAUCUCGAGGAGGAUGACUUUGGUGAUGACCUUAUGGAUGACGAUCUCAUCGAUUUAACUCCAGAUGUGCUGGACGUAUCCAGUUGCCCCAGCUUCGAGUCAGGUCUACCCAUCAAGAAUGUAUCCGUCCAACAGACGCAGACACCAGUCACGUCUUUGAACAGCACUCCGAUACUCAGUGGAAGAGCAGGCAGCUCAAUAUCUUCCCAGAGAGGGUUUACUUCACCAGUCACAUUGACGACCCGACUACUUGCAGCAACUGGCGACGAGGCUCGGAAGCCGAUUGUCAGACCAGCAUUCCCUACAGCCAUUCGCGACCGCUCGCCUAUAAUCGGCAUGUCGUCGAAUACCUUAUUGAGAACGUGUUUCCGCGUCGGCGAAGCGAUCAAUCAGAGCUGUCAAGCGGCGAAGACUGGUAAUAACAUCUUUCUCGAGUUGUACGCCAGGGUGCUCAACUCCGACCGGGACGACUUACAGCAGCGUUUCACUUUUUGCGAUCUAUUCCAUGCUAAACCACCAUAUAUCCAAGCGACUUAUGCUGCCGCAAUUUGGAAAACAGUCUGCCUGUUCGAGUAUGACAGCGCACGUCUGUUGCAGCAAGGCAGGAUUUGCCGCUGCAUGGGCACUAUGAAACGCAAUGGUAAGGAGUGGACCAUGACUGUGCUCAACAUCUGGGAGGCGACCUGGGAUGAUGUUGAAUGGGUGAAAGGAAUCAUUGAAUCCUGAUGGUGAGAGGUCAUCAGCGUAACGUCGAGAUAGCCAAACAUGAAGCGGUUCUGGAGGAUCCGUAAGGUGACAGCAGAGUAUGUGUCAAGCUCAUUUAGCGAAACCUGCUUGAUACACGAGACACCUGUCUCUGCGAUUGGCGGCAAC